GCGGGACGGAGCAGCGGUCCCGGGGGGCGCGCGCGCGCCGGAGGCAUGGAGCGCUGCCCCAGCCUGGGGGUCACCCUCUACGCCCUGGUGGUGGUCCUAGGGCUGCGGGCGGCCCCGACCGGCGGCCAGCACUAUCUGCACAUCCGUCCGGCUCCCAGCGACAACCUGCCCCUAGUGGACCUCAUCGAACACCCGGACCCUAUCUUUGACCCCAAGGAGAAGGAUCUGAACGAGACGCUGCUGCGCUCGCUGCUCGGGGGUCACUACGACCCGGGUUUCAUGGCCACCUCGCCCCCCGAGGACCGGCCCGGCGGGGGCGGGGGAGUAUUGGCCGGGGGCGCCGAGGACCUGGCGGAGCUCGACCAGCUGCUGCGGCAGCGGCCGUCGGGGGCCAUGCCGAGCGAGAUCAAAGGGCUGGAGUUCUCCGAGGGCUUGGCCCAGGGCAAGAAGCAGCGGCUGAGCAAGAAGCUGCGGAGGAAGUUACAGAUGUGGCUGUGGUCGCAGACCUUCUGCCCCGUGCUGUACGCUUGGAACGACCUGGGCAGCCGCUUCUGGCCGCGCUACGUGAAGGUGGGCAGCUGCUUCAGCAAGCGCUCGUGCUCGGUGCCCGAGGGCAUGGUGUGCAAGCCGUCCAAGUCGGUGCACCUCACCGUGCUGCGGUGGCGCUGUCAGCGGCGCGGGGGGCAGCGCUGCGGCUGGAUUCCCAUCCAGUACCCCAUCAUUUCCGAGUGCAAGUGCUCGUGCUAGAACUCCGAGGGGGCCCCCCUGCUUGCGCCCGGACACUUGAUCGAUC